AUGUCGCAGACGAUGCAUGAUACAUGGCGUACGAUGUCAAGCAGCGACCUCGAAAGUGGGUACCUGGCAAAUGUUUUCUCAGAAAUGGCCGAGUGCACCCAAAGUUUGGAGCUGGAUGUGGCGAAAUCGAAUAUCAAAGCUGAGCGCGAAUACCGAGAACGCCUGUCGUUUUUAUUGGCAUACGUCGAGACGGCGAUUUGCUACGUUGAGUAUCUGGAUGAUAUAGAUGAAACGCUGGCGCAUUGGGCAAAUCAAGUGCACAAUAUUCAGAGGUCCAUCGGAGAGUGCGACCAAUCUGCUCGUACCCUCACUGAUAAAGGUGGCGCGAACAAGACCGAAAAAGAGCUCUGUUCUCUACAAAAGAAACUUAGAAUGGCUUCGGAGUCGGAAGCUGAGGUAGGGUUGCUGAUGGAUCGCCUUCGCAGCGCAUCAGGUAAAGAACUUUCCUACUACGAGCUCGUCAAGGAAGAAGAUCUCAAGGUUGCUCACUACCAACGGACUAAAGCGCUUGCAACUGCCUGCGACAAAAAGCUACACGCAUACCAGAAUGUUAUCAAGAUACUGCAGUACCCAGUUCAGAUCAGGGAACCGGCAUACAAUCUGGUAGCUGAUUCCAAACAAGCGCAAUGCGGCGAACACUCAAUUUAAGCGAUUCCUAUACGGAGGCCGAAACUUGGUACAGGAAUACCUCUCAAAAAAUUGUGUGACAGACAAAACUGCACCCAUUGUAUCGGAUUGACGUAGUUGAUAUCGCAAAUGCAGUCCAUU